AUGGGCGAAGAGGACGUACGCAAUGCCGCCGAGCGCCUGCGGAAGCUGCUGCGAGCCGCUCAAUACCCGCAGCUCAGCGCGCUGCGUCUCGAGGCUGGAGACGUGGCGGAUCUGCUGCGAGUGCUGCACUUCGUGCUGCUGGACUCGUCGCGCGCUGUGGCACAGUUCCUGGUUGACAAAGGCUACGAUCUGUAUGGGAAGACGGAUGCGCGCUUCGUGGAGAGCGCCUUCCGCCUGCUGCGCAACGAGUUCCGCUACUUCCCGUCGCUGAGUGUGACCCAGUUCCUGUCCAAGCAUUUUGUAGCCCGUAGACUCGCGAUCGUAGCGGAUGCGGCAGCAGCAGUGGCGCAAAAGCGACAGGAGCUGCAGAGGCUGAAGCGCAGGGAGGAAGCCGUGUGGUCCCAACCCAAGGAAAGGAACAUAAACAUUAAGCCAUCAGUUGAGAACCACGUGCUGCCCACUGCAGUGACCAACCACGCAGCCAGUAUCCUGCAGCAUCUCAAGGUGCAGAGUAAAGCUACUGGGCAGACUCGACGAGUGCGACGAGCGUCGAGUGAGACGCCCAUGCAGAUCAGUGGAGCAGGACAGGAUAGAGAGACGAUGGCAGCGCCACCAGCACCAGUAUUUACAGGACGGCAGGUUGAUGCCCAUACGGCAGUGCAGUUUGCAAGUGAAAAAGUAUGUGAAGAGGCCUUCGUUGUAGAUGAUACCAGGCCAUCGUCACCACAGCCGAAGCCAUGUAGUUGCUCUCAAGAUUCAGAAAAAUUGGCGACGGCAAUCGCAGGUCUCAGUCGUCAACUCAGUGAAAUGACUAGUGCACUCAUGGGCAAGAUAACUAGCGUGGAAGCUCGUCUUGGACGGCUAGAAGACCAGAUGCACGGCGUUCAAGCAGCAGUCGAAGAGCAGCGCAAGGUAGUAUGGGAAAUGAAUACUACUGGCAGCAGGCGAAUGGUGAGUGACACAGCGACUCGGAGCGAUGAUGAACGGCCCAUGACGAAGUCAAAGACGCUGGAUAUCGAGGCUCCCUGCGCUUGGCCUCCUCAACCGUCCGUCUUUGAAAGGUAUUAA